CUGGGCACCGCCUCUGAGAAGGGCGGGCGAGGAGGCAGCCGAGGCGGAGCGGAUGGCUGCGCUGAGGGCGGGGCGGGGUGCAGGCUGGAGCCUCUGGGGAUUGCGGGCUUUGGGGGGCAUUCGAUGGGGGAAGGGACCCCUGUUGACCUCUGACCUGCGGGCUCUGCUGACGUCAGGAACUCCUGACCUCCGGGCCCGGAUGACCUAUGGGACCCCCAGUCUCCGGGCCCGGUUGGCUGUGGGGGUCCCUGAACCCCGGGCGUUUCUGACGUCUGGGUCCCCGGAUCCCCGGCCACGACUGACUGCAGGGGCCCCAGAUUCCAGGCCGCGGGAGGCCUCGGGGACCCCUGGAACCCGUCCGCGCGUGUGGCUGGCGGUGGCGCUGGGCGCUGGGGGGGCGGUGCUGUUGUUGUUGUGGGGCGGGGGUCGGGGUCCCCCGGCUGUGCUCGCCUCCGUCCCCGCUCCGCCGCCAACCUCUCCGCGGAGCCAGUACAACUUCAUCGCAGACGUGGUUGAGAAGACGGCGCCUGCUGUGGUCUAUAUCGAGAUCCUGGACCGGCACCCUUUCUCGGGCCGCGAAGUUCCUAUCUCAAACGGCUCAGGAUUCGUGGUGGCGGCCGACGGGCUCAUCGUUACCAAUGCCCAUGUGGUGGCUGAUCGGCGCCGAGUCCGCGUGAGGCUGCCUAGCGGCGACACAUAUGAGGCCAUGGUCACAGCUGUGGAUCCCGUGGCAGACAUCGCCACGCUGAGGAUACAGACCAAGGAGCCUCUCCCCACACUGCCUCUGGGACGCUCGGCUGAUGUGCGGCAAGGGGAGUUUGUUGUUGCCAUGGGAAGUCCCUUUGCGCUGCAGAACACGAUCACAUCUGGCAUCGUCAGCUCUGCCCAGCGCCCAGCCAGAGACCUGGGACUCCCCCAAACCAAUGUGGAAUACAUUCAGACCGAUGCAGCUAUUGAUUUUGGAAACUCUGGAGGUCCCCUGGUUAACCUGGUGAGUGGGACAUUCUUCUUCCAAGGCCCCAGGGAACAGGGGCCUGUGUCCCUGCAGGAUGGGGAAGUGAUUGGAGUGAACACCAUGAAGGUCACAGCUGGAAUCUCCUUUGCCAUCCCUUCUGAUCGCCUUCGGGAGUUUUUGCAUCGAGGAGAAAAGAAGAAUUCCUGGUUUGGAAUCAGUGGGUCCCAGCGCCGCUACAUUGGAGUGAUGAUGCUGACUCUGACUCCGAGCAUCCUUGCUGAGCUACAGCUGCGAGAGCCAAGCUUUCCUGACGUGCAGCAUGGCGUGCUCAUCCAUAAAGUCAUCCUGGGCUCCCCUGCACACCGGGCAGGUCUGCGGCCUGGUGAUGUGAUCUUGGCCAUAGGGGAGCAGCUGGUACAAAAUGCGGAAGAUGUUUAUGAAGCUGUUCGAACCCAAUCCCAGCUGGCAGUACGGAUCCGGCGCGGAUCAGAAACACUGACCUUAUACGUGACCCCUGAGGUGACAGAAUGAAUGGAUCAGCAA